AGAAGGCCAGUUGAAUAAACGAUCAUGAGCUUCUGAAAGUUAACUUGCCCUAAAAAGACACCUGCAACGCAGGCUAUGAUGCCCCUGUCUCUGGUGCCAAUUUUUGUUACAAAUCUCCCUUCAUGUCUGUGGGUCGGCCCCACGGGAAGGCCGCCGAUACCUGCACGAGGCUUCCAGAACCCAACUAACAACAAUAAUAAAUGGAGGGUUGUGUUAUCGAGGCUAGAGAUGCUGAUGAAAGUUCGAUUUCGGAGGGUCAUACGAGUUGGACUGUGCUUUGCAGGGAUAGCAGCCCUAAUAUAUUUACUCAUACGCCUCUUCGUACCACCAAUUCAUCGCCGAAUAGAUCUUAGGAAACAUCAAAGCAAUUUUCCCAUCCUGUCCCCUUCCAUUGAACCACGAGUUACCGACUUCGAAGACUUAUUCGUUCUGGUGAUAGUUUCAACUUCGCCCGACGACAAGAUGAAAAGAAGAGAUACAAUACGUCGUACUUGGGGUAAAUGUGACAAAACUAACAACAAUUACAAAUGGAAGGUUGUAUUCAUGAUGGGCAAAUCGUUGAAUAGCGACAUGAAUGAAAAAUUAAUGGCGGAACACAAACAGCAUGGAGAUCUUCUCAUAGCUGAUUACAUCGACAAGUAUCGAAACAUCACGACAAAACUUCUCAUGUCAUUUAAGUGGGCGACACAAAUUAGAUGUAACUAUAUUCUGAAAACUGACAGCGAUGUUUACGUUGACAUUCCCGAGUUAAUAAAAUGGAUGCUGAAUCGAGGCGAUCCAAAUUCUCUCUACGGUGGUGUUCUGUACAGAGGAAUUGUAGUGAGGGAUACAUCACACCGUCACUACGUGACUAAAGACGAUCUUUCUUUGAACUAUUAUCCACAGUUUUGUAAAGGCUCUAUGUAUGUCCUGUCAGCGAGUUUACUUCCAAAAAUGCUCGACUUAUCAAGGCAGGUCACUCGAAUUGGACCUGAUGAUGCUUACGUAGGAUUGUUAGCAGAUCAGCUGGGAAUAUCUCCAGUGGGAAUUGACAGAUUUUUUCAGAAAAGUCUCUUACCGUAUAUCUUCUGGUUUAUGAGUAAAUGUGAGUUGAGAGAUCUCCUUGGAAUUGGUGACUCACUUACUCCAAGUCAAUUGAACUACAUUCAUGAAGUGAAGCACGCCUCUUCUGUCUCCUACUAUCUUUGUAUUUCGUUGCUUGAGAAAUUUUUCCUAUUUAUAUUAUUUUUAAUCAUUUUAACGUGUCUGCCGCUUUUAGGUCGUAGAAGGUUUUCUACAAGGAUUUCAAAAGGAAAAUGAGAUCGUGUUUGAUUAUCUCUUCAUUUGUUCAAUUAGUACAUUCAUACAUUCAUUUGUGCAAUCAUAAACUAAGUGGAACAAAAUUGAGUCUGGAACUACAAGUAUGAUUUCUGACCAAAAUUGCAAGAUACAAACUUCAAUUACCACUCUUUUACACCUAUGAACAAUCACAAAGUUGCGGUUCUUGAAUAACUGUAAGAAAUUAAAUUCAUUCAUAUUUUGGGGUAAAAAAAAAGGUUAGUGGGGACAAAAGUUGUUAAAUUCCCCACACAUGGCUUUUUUGUUUCAUUUCCCUACAAUUUGAUUGGUUGCUUUAAAGAAGCCUUGAAAUCUGAUUGGUUAUGUUGAAAAAGAGGCAAAAAUUGAUUGAAAAGGAUGCAAUUUAGAGCUAGAUAUAGCACAAUUUGUGAAUAAGUUACAUUGCUGAGAGCCAAUCACAUUACAAGGAUUGCUAGAGACUUAAAAGUGACUGCACCAUAAAUGAAAUCAAAUUCUCAGAGCCAAAAUAAAGAGUCACUUUUGAGACACAGUGCAGAGAAAUGCUAUCUCAAUUUGGGGAGGUAAAGGGACAUAUACAACCUAAAGAAAACCAUAAUGUAUGCCAAUGUGUUUAAGGUCAAACAGGUCGUCAUAAGCCAGUUUGGGAAGAGCCACUGGUCCCCUCACUCCCAUGAAUCUGGUCAAAGAAUUUAAAACAAAAUCUAAUGAGAAAACAAUUUUUCUUUUGGUGAAUUGAGAGUUUCUUGUUCAGGCUCAAGGAACACAGAGAGAGUUCCUAACAUGAAAUCUAUUUUUAAAGGUAAAAUUGAAAAUACAAAAUACUUAUUGACCAAGUUUGGUGGGUCCACGCAGGAAAAUAUUUGGCUCUCUGUCAUGACAUACAGACCUACUGCAAAAUAUUUCCCAUCAGGCCCUCCCUCUUAGUCAAUAGGAACAUAGUUUUUUGUCUGAUCCUGAGAACAAUAACACUGUUCAGACACAAACAAUGUUUUGCUGAAGUGCUAUUGUGCACUAUGCUUUGCAGGAAUCCAAGGAGAAGCUGGGAAUUUCCUAAGGAUUUUUAUCAAGUCAAAUAAAAAGAAAUUGCAUCUGAUUGUGGCUUACAAAUAGCACAACAGGAAAAGUCAAAAUGUGAUAAAUAACUGCCAUCUUUGAUUUUUUUUAGUAGGGAGGAGAGGCUGGGAAGAGAAAGAUAUUUGUACCAAGGGG